AUGCUCGUACCACGUCGAUAUCGCGGCCUUUUGAUCUUCGCCGUCGUGUUCGCCGUGGUGUUUUUCCAUUUCGUCCGUUCCCACGACUGGCAGAUCGUCUUCCCGGGCGACUAUCACGAUCAUCACCCCCAUUUCCCCCCGCCGCCAGGUGAUCUCUUCUCGCAAAACCCUCCCUCGCUCGACUUCGUUCCCGGUCCUCCCCCGCACCAACAAACCGCGAAUACCAAACAAUCCCACGAGAACGCGAAUCAAGUCGGUGUCAAAACGAGCGGUAACGGCGACGGUCAGGCCCAAAAUGCGGGACUCGGUGGUUCUGGAUUGCGUAAACAGCAACAGAAACAGGGAAACCAGGGGAAGCAGAAGCAGGGCCUGAGCAUGUUUCCGGUGAAACGACCGCCGCCUCAUUGGAAGAAAGUCCCGGAAAUCUUCCCCCUCGCACCGGAAGAGCGGAUCACGCUGCCGACUGGUCAGCCGAAGUCAUUACCGAAACUGCAGGCCAGCUUCGAGGUUGAGUCGGUCGAGGAGGAGAGGAAGCGGUUGGAGAGGUUGGAUGAUAUUCGGAAGACGUUUGAGUACGCGUGGAACGGGUACAAGUCCUCCGCGAUGGGGAAGGAUGAGCUCAAGCCUCUGCGCGGUGGCUACAAGGAUACAUUCAAUGGCUGGGGAGCUACGGUGGUGGAUGCGUUGGAUACGCUUUGGGUGAUGGGAUUGGAGGAGGAGUUUGCGCUUGCGGUUGAGCAUGUCAAGAGUAUUGACUUUACGACGAGCGAGAAAUUGGAGAUUCCUGUCUUCGAGACGGUCAUUCGUUACAUGGGUGGAUUGUUGGGUGCGUAUGACAUCUCGGAUCAGCAGUAUCCCGUGCUUCUGGAGAAGGCUGUUCAGCUUGCGGAGAUUUUGAUGGGGGCUUUUGACACGCCCAAUCGCAUGCCGACUUUGUUUUACAAGUGGACACCAGAUCAGGCAUCGAGAGUUCACCAUGCGAGCCGUCGAGCGGUUCUGGCGGAAAUUGGCUCACUUUCAAUGGAAUUUACGCGGUUGGCGCAGUUGACCAAAGACGACAAAUACUACGACGCCAUUGCACGCAUCACCAAUGAGCUGGAGAGUGUUCAAUCUUCCAGCAAGCUUCCCGGUCUGUGGCCUACCAAGCUGGACGCCACUGGAUGUGAAAAGCCUAUACCCGCACAUGCUGUUGUGCGCGAUGUUCCAUCCCCGUCCAACUCAUCGACAACUCCUGUGCUCACGCCCAGUGCAAGACCAGCUCCAACAGAUAUUCGGAGCUAUACGCAUUAUUUCGAGCGACGCGGUGAGAGUGGCCUUGCGCAAGAUGCACAGCCUGCCGAUUAUGAACAACUGAUCAAGGAGAAGAACCCCGAUUCCUACAUUGUACCCGCAAAUAGCGACUGCAAGGGAGCCUUGAUAACUCAAAACUCUUACAAGGAUGCUUUUGGCUUGGGAGCAGAGGCAGACUCAACGUAUGAGUAUUUGCCCAAGGAAUACAUGCUCCUGGGUGGUCUGAACGAUCAAUACAAAUCCAUGUAUGAGAAAGCAAUGGAUACAGCUCGCGAGCACCUUCUCUUCCGGCCCAUGGUGAAACAUGGCCGUGAUAUCCGUUUCUUGGCCACUCUUGACCUGAGCAAGCCUCUUGCAGAGCUGCAGCCGAACCAAAUACCAACCAGGUACGAAGCGACGCAUCUGACCUGCUAUGCCGGUGGCAUGUUCGCGGUUGGUUCCAAGUUGUUUGGCAUUGAUGGUGACAUGGACAUCGCCGCUAAGCUUACGGACGGCUGUGUGUGGGCGUAUGAGUCUACAUACACUGGCAUCAUGCCUGAAACCUUCCUAGUGAUACCUUGUAAAAAGGGUGAAUCAUGCACGUGGGAUGAGGCGCGUUACAAGGAUGCCCUGGACCCUUGGCGAGAGGAGCGUUUGGCUGCGAUGCAAAAGUUGAAGGAGCAGGCCAUCGAAGCCAAGGAGUCCCAGGAGGUCGCGGUCGAGGCUGAUGAGCCGGCUGCCACGCCUGAAAAGAAUGCUGUUAUCUACGAACGAAACGGAGUCAAGCGUGAUGCGACAGCAUCGCAGACCACCGAAACACCAGUACCAACAGGCCCCAGGGUUAAAGUCACACGCCGGAGUCUCCUUUCACCAUUGCCUGGGGAUCCUGCUUCCGCGCUGGCUGAUGAUUACGUUAAGACCCGGAUCAGGGAAGAAAGAUUGCCACCUGGGUUUGUCCGCAUGACUGACCGACGCUACCUAUUGCGUCCCGAAGCAAUUGAGUCUGUCUUCAUCAUGUACCGUCUCACAGGUGACAAUUAUUGGCGGGAGAAGGGAUGGAGGAUGUUCGAGGGUAUCUCCAAGCACACACGCACCAAUUUCGCACAUUCGGCAAUUGAAGAUGUCACUUCGAUGCAUCCGGAGUUUCAAGACUCAAUGGAGUCGUUCUGGCUUUCGGAGACGCUCAAGUACUUCUAUCUGCUUUUCAGUGAACCGAGUGUCGUUAGUCUUGACGAAUACGUCCUGAAUACGGAAGCCCACCCAUUGAAACGACCUACAUAA